AUGGCGUCCUUUCUUGAAAAUGCAUACAGUUUGAUCCAUAUGGACAACACGGCGGAUCAGCCCACCGUGCAAGAGUUGCGGCUGCAGCUGGAAAAGGGCAAUGAUGACACCAAGUUGGAGACUAUGCGAACCGUCAUCACGAUCAUGCUUAAUGGAAAUCCCAUGCCCGAUCUACUGAUGCACAUCAUUCGUUUUGUUAUGCCUUCCAAGAGCAAGCCCUUGAAGAAACUUCUUUACUUCUACUACGAGAUUUGUCCGAAGCUCGACUCCUCCGGCAAGUUGAAGCAGGAAAUGAUCUUGGUUUGCAAUGGCAUUCGCAACGACUUGCAGCACCCUAACGAAUACAUUCGAGGAAAUACCCUUCGUUUCCUAUGCAAACUCCGCGAGCCCGAGCUCAUCGAGCCCCUCCUUUCCUCGGCCCGCUCUUGUCUCGAGCAUCGCCAUGCCUACGUGCGAAAGAACGCUACAUGGGCGGUUGCUUCCAUCUUCCAGCACUCCGAGUCCCUCAUCCCAGAUGCUCCCGAGCUUCUUCAGACCUUCCUCGAAUCGGAAACCGACGGCACUUGCAAGCGCAAUGCUUUUGCGGCCCUCAUGUCCAUUAGCCACCAAAAGGCACUUGAAUAUCUUGGUACUACCUUUGAUACAAUCCCCAAUACCGAUGAAUUGCUUCAAUUGGCGGAGUUGGAAUUCCUGCGAAAGGAUGCGGUCCAGAACACCCAGAACAAGUCUCGUUACCUUAAGCUCAUGCUUGAGCUCCUUGAUGCCCCGACCAGCACUGUCGUCUACGAGGCAGCCACAUCCCUGACAGCUCUGACUAGCAACCCAGUCGCCGUAAAGGCCUCCGCGGCCAAGUUGAUCGAUCUUGCUAUCCGGGAGGCUGAUAACAACGUGAAGCUCAUUGUUUUGGAUCGCGUGGAUCAGCUGCGCAUUCGCAAUGAGGGUGUUCUGGAUGACCUGACAAUGGAGAUCCUUCGCGUUCUGACCAGUCCCGACAUUGAUGUCCGCAGAAAGGCUCUCGGUAUUGCAUUGGAGAUGGUUUCCAGCAAGAAUGUCGAGGAGAUCGUUAUGCUGCUUAAAAAGGAGCUUGCAAAGACUGUUGAUGAGCAAUACGAACAGAACAACGAAUACCGCCAACUCUUGGUUCAAUCAAUACACACUUGUGCCAUCAAGUUCUCUGAGAUCGCCGCCAGUGUGGUUGAUCUGUUGAUGGAUUUCAUCGCCGACUUUAACAACAACUCCGCCGUCGAUGUGAUUUCAUUUGUAAAGGAAGUCGUUGAGAAAUUUCCCGACCUGCGUACGUCUAUCGUUGAUCGUCUGGUGUCGACCCUGAGUGAGGUUCGGGCAGGCAAGGUCUACCGUGGUGUUCUUUGGGUAGUUGGAGAGUACUCUUUGGAAGAGAAGGAUAUCCGUGGCGCUUGGAAGAAGAUCCGCGCCAGCCUUGGUGAGAUCCCCAUUCUGGCUUCUGAGCAACGCCUUCUAGAUGAGGUGCCCGAUGAGAAUUCCCUCCUUCAAGAACAAACCAAUGGCCACCCCAAGGCCGCUCCCACUGGAUCCCGCAAGGUGUUGGCAGAUGGAACAUAUGCUACAGAGAGUGCUCUUACUAGCCAGUCUGCUGCUGCUGCUCGCCUGGAGGCAGUCAAGGCCGCGCAGAAGCCCCCACUCCGUCAACUCAUCCUGGACGGUGACUACUACUUGGCUACUGUUCUCUCAUCUACACUGACUAAGUUGGUGAUGCGCCAUUCCGAGGUGUCGCAGGAUAGCGCUCGCACCAACGCCCUCCGUGCUGAGGCCAUGUUGAUCAUGAUCUCCAUCCUGCGUGUCGGUCAGUCCCACUUCGUUAAGGCCCCUAUUGAUGAGGACUCUGUCGAUCGCAUUAUGACCUGCGUUCGUUCUCUGGCCGAAUUCUCGGAGAAGAAGGACCUCGAGGCCAUCUUCCUUGAGGACACCCGCAAGGCAUUCCGUGCUAUGGUUCAAGUUGAGGAUAAGAAGCGGGCUGCCAAGGAGGCCGUUGAGAAGGCUAAGACUGCUGUUCAAGUUGAUGAUGCCAUUCCCAUCCGCCAAUUUACCAAGAAGAACACUGUCGAGGGAGCCGAAGAGAUCGAGCUGGACCUCGUUAAGGCCACUGGCGGUGAUUCCGUUGUUGAGAAUGUUUCUUCCAAACUGAGCCGUGUUGUGCAACUGACUGGUUUCUCCGACUCCGUUUACGCCGAGGCCUAUGUGACCGUUCACCAGUUUGAUAUUGUUCUGGAUGUUCUACUGGUCAACCAGACCACAGAGACCCUGCAGAAUCUGUGUGUAGAAUUUGCCACUCUGGGCGAUCUGAAGGUCGUUGAGCGGCCAUCAACACACAACUUGGGUCCCCGAGAUUUCUUGAAUGUCCAAGCCACAGUCAAGGUGUCUUCCACCGACACUGGUGUUAUCUUUGGUAACAUUGUUUACGACGGUGCUAGCUCUACUGAGACCCAUGUUGUCAUCCUGAAUGACAUCCAUGCCGACAUCAUGGACUAUAUCCAACCCGCCCACUGCACCGAGACCCAAUUCCGUACCAUGUGGACUGAGUUUGAGUGGGAGAACAAGGUCAAUAUUAACUCCAAGGCCAAGACUCUCCGCGAAUUCCUGAAGCAACUCAUGGAGAGCACUAACAUGGCCUGCUUGACCCCGGAUGCCUCUCUGAAGGGUGAUUGUCGUUUCCUGUCUGCCAAUCUUUAUGCUCGCAGUGUAUUUGGUGAGGAUGCUUUGGCGAAUCUGAGUAUCGAAAAGGAGGGCGAUGAUGGUCCGAUCACUGGAUUUGUGCGGAUCCGAAGUCGCUCGCAAGGUCUGGCAUUGAGCCUGGGCUCUUUGAAGGGCCUGAAAGCUGCGACGGCUUGA